CUGGAGCAGCGGCGCUGGGAAGGAAGUCAUCAGAGAGCCGUAGUCCAGUCUGUUGCUGUUGCGGGAAUCAGGAUAUCCUUCCAGCUCCUCGCAGAGGAAUUCCAGGGAUUUUUUUUUUCCGGUGGCUGUGCUCCCCCCCUCCCCCCUCCUCCUCCUCCUCCUCCUCCCGAAAGUAAUCUCCCCGCUUGUCGCGCUGUCUCCGCCGGGCGCCGCUUCACUGUUUCCUCGCGACUUCUUUCCAAAAGUGCGUUUUUCUCGCGGGACAACGGAAUUUGACCACUGCGAUGAAUAUUUGUGCGUCUCGUCUUCCCGUUGUUUGUGGGUCAAGGGGACCGGACUAGACACAGUACACCCGCAUCACGCGCGUUUCCAGGGACGGGAGUUCUGAAAGUUUAAGCCUGCGUUUUUCCCACUACGCGGUCCUGGAGGCUCCGAUCCUGCGAACCGAGCGCGGAGGCGGAGGGCUCGCGACGGACUCGUACUUUGGAUUUUACGCACGGGGACCUUUCCGCCGAACGUCGCCAGUCCGCCACAUAUGCCUCGAAUUCAUUCUCCGACCUCCACUGUGGAUUUAACCGGUGUAUGAUCUGUGUUGACUGCGCUGUCUCUUCCCCUAAAAUUGCCGCAAAGCCGAGGCUCGCACACCAUCAUCAUGCGUCGCGUCUUGGAGAGAAUCCGCUGCGAAAUUGAGCGAAGUCGACAGGCAGCAUGACUUACGCUCGGGAUUUCUCUGAAUCUGCAUUCCAUUCCCAUGUAAUAUCUUAAUGCUGUUCAAUUUUGGUUUACAAAUAUGAUGAAAUGGCAGCCCCGGAAGAAGGCAUACUUCCGACAGGGUGUUGCCCUUCAGUACCUUGGUCGCCAUGCCGACGCUCUGGCCGCCUUCGCCUCCGGCCUGGCCCAGGACCCCAAAAGCCUCCAGCUCCUGGUGGGCAUGGUCGAAGCCGCCAUGAAGUCGCCGCUCCGAGAGUCUCUGGAGCCCACCUAUCAGCAGCUGCAAAAGAUGAAGCUGGACAAAAGCCCCUUUGUGGUGGUGUCCGUGAUCGGCCAGGAGCUGCUGACGGCGGGCCACCACACGGCCUCCGUCGUGGUGCUGGAGGCCGCCUUGAAGAUCGGCACGUGCAGCCUCAAGCUCCGCGGCUCGGUCUUCUCGGCCCUCAGCAGCGCCCACUGGUCCCUGGGGAACACGGAGAAGAGCACCGGCUACAUGCAGCAGGACCUGGAGGUGGCCAAGACCUUAGGUGACCAAGCGGGGGAAUGUCGCGCUCAUGGGAAUCUGGGCUCGGCAUUCUUCUCCAAGGGGAACUACCGCGAGGCGCUGACCAACCAUCGCAACCAGCUGGUUCUGGCCAUGAAGCUGAAGGACAGAGAGGCCGCUUCCAUGGCGCUGAGCAGCUUGGGCCACGUAUACACAGCAAUAGGGGACUAUCCGAACGCCCUGGCCAGCCACAAGCAGUGCGUCCUGCUGGCUAAGCAGUCCAAGGACCAGCUGUCGGAGGCCCGCGAGCUGGGGAACAUGGGGGCCGUCUACAUCGCCAUGGGAGAUUUCGACAAUGCCGUCCAGUGCCACGAGCAGCACCUGGGCAUUGCCAAGGCCCUGGAGAAUAAACGCGAGGAGGCCCGGGCCUACAGCAACCUGGGCAGCGCCUACCACUACCACCGGAACUUCGACAAGGCCAUGUCCUAUCACACGCACGUCCUGGAGCUGGCCCAGGAGUUGGAGGAGAAGUCCAUAGAGAUGCGGGCCUACGCCGGACUGGGUCAUGCAGCCCGUUGCAUGCAGGACUUGGAGAGGGCCAAGCAGUACCACGAACAGCAGCUGUCUAUAGCGGAGGGCCUGAAGGACAGGGCCGCCGAGGGACGGGCCUCCUCCAAUCUGGGCAUCAUCCACCAGAUGAAGGGAGACUACGAGACUGCUCUGAAACUGCACAAAACACAUCUGGCCAUUGCUCAGGAGCUGAACGACUACGCUGCCCAGGGCCGCGCCUAUGGCAACAUGGGCAACGCCUACAACGCCCUCGGGGCCUUCGACCAGGCCGUUCGCUACCACCGCCAGGAGCUGCAGAUCUCCAUGGAGGUCAACGACCGGGCCUCGCAGGCUUCCACUCACGGCAACCUGGCGGUGGCGUACCAGGCCCUGGGCGCCCACGACCGCGCUCUGCAGCACUACCAGAACCACCUCAACAUCGCCCGCGAGCUCCGGGAUGUCCAGAGCGAGGCGCGGGCUCUGGGCAACCUGGGCAACUUCCACUGCUCGCGAGGAGAGUUCCCUCAGGCGGUGCCCUACUACGAGCAGUACCUCCGACUGUCGCCCGACCUCCAAGACAUGGAGAGCGAGGGGAAAGUUUGUCACAACCUGGGUUAUGCCCACUACUGCCUGGGCAACUACCAGGAUGCCGUCAAGUACUAUGAGCAGGAUUUGGCCCUGGCAAAGGACCUUCAUGACAAAUUGAGUCAAGCCAAGGCCUACUGUAACCUUGGUCUGGCAUUUAAGGCCCUAGGAGACUUCACGAAAGCAGAGGAGUGUCAGAAAUACCUGCUUUCACUGGCCCAGUCCCUGAACAAUGCCCAGGCUCGCUUCAGAGCUCUGGGAAAUCUGGGAGACAUAUUUGUCUGUAAAAAGGAUGUGGCUGGAGCCAUUCAGUUUUAUGAGCAGCAGCUGGCCUUAGCUCACCAGGUUAAAGAGCGUAGGAUGGAGGCCUGCGCCUACGCUGCACUCGGGGCCACCUACAGACUUGUGCAGAAAUAUGACAAGGCCCUGGGCUACCACACUCAGGAGCUGGAGGUGUACCAGGAGCUGGGCGACGUGUCGGGGGAGUGCAAGGCCCACGGUCACCUGGCAGCCGUCUACAUGGCGCUGGGCAAGUACGCCAUGGCCUUCAAGAGCUACGAGGAGCAGCUGGAGCUCGGCCGGAGGCUCAAGGAUCCGGUGGUGGAGGCCCAGGUUUACGGAAACAUGGGCAUCACCAAAAUGAAUGUAGGCGUGAUGGAGGAGGCUAUCGGCUACCUGGAGCAGCAGCUGGCCACGCUGCAGCAGCUGAGCGGCAACGAGGCGGUGAUGGACAGGGGCCGGGCCUACGGGAACCUAGGAGACUGCUACGAGGCCCUUGGAGACUUUGAGGAGGCCAUCAAGUACUAUGACCAGUAUCUGUCGGUGGCCCAGAGCCUCAACCGCAUGCAGGACCAGGAGAAAGCCUACAGAGGCCUAGGGAACGGACACAGGGCCAUGGGAAGCCUGCAGCAGUCGCUGGUGUGCUUCGAGAAGCGCCUGGUGGUGGCCCACGAGCUGGGCGAGCGCGGGGGCAAGGCGCAGGCCUACGGCGAGCUGGGCGCGCUCCACAGCCAGCUGGGCAACUACGAGCAGGCCAUCUCGUGCCUGGAGCGGCAGCUGGCCAUUGCCCGCGACACCCGCGACCGCCCGCUGGAGGGCGACGCCAGCUGCGGCCUGGGCGCCGUGUACCAGGCCAUGGGCGAGUACGAGACGGCGCUGCGGUGCCACCAGAGCGACCUGGAGAUCGCGGAGGAGGCGGGCAGCCCCGCGCGGCAGGCGCGCGCCUACGGCAACCUGGGCCUCACCUACGAGUCGCUGGGCAACUACGAGCGGGCGGUGGUGUUCCAGGAGCAGCACCUCAGCGUGGCGGCGCAGACCAACGACCUGGCGGCCAAGACGCUGGCCUACGGCAGCCUGGGGAGGACGCACCACGCGCUGCAGAACUACUCGCAGGCCGUCAUGUACCUGCAGGAAGGCCUGCGGCUCGCCGAGCAGCUGGCUCGGCGCGAGGACGAGGCCAAGAUCCGCCACCGUCUGGGUCUCUCCCUGUGGGCCAGUGGGAAUCUGGAGGAGGCCCAACACCAGCUCUAUCGGGCAUCUGCACUGUUUGAAACCAUCCGCCACGAAGCCCAGCACAGCACGGACUACAAACUCUCCCUGUUUGAUCUGCAAACCUCCUGCUACCAGGCGCUCCAGAGAGUCCUCGUCAGCCUGGGGCACCACGACGAGGCCCUGGCGGUGGCGGAGCGGGGCCGCACGCGGGCCUUCGCCGACCUGCUGGUGGAGCGGCAGACGGGCCAUCAGGACUCGGACCCCUACACGCCGGUGACGGUGGAGCACAUCCUGGACACCGUCAACAGCCAGAGGGCCUUGGUGCUGUAUUUCUCCAUGGCUGCUGGUUACCUGUACAGCUGGCUGCUGGCUCCAGGAGCAGGCAUCCUGAAGUUCCAUGAGGUGUACCUGGGCGAGGGCGUGUCGGAGGGGGGCUCAGACUUCCAGGAGGGCGGUGGCAGCGGGGUGGUCAGCGGCUCCUCCCUGGAGCAGCACAUCGCCAGCGCACGCGAAGCGCUGGGAGUGGAGUCCUAUUACAGCAGAGGAUGUUCGAGCAGCGAGACCGAGAGCGAGGCAGGAGAUUUGUUGGACCAACAAUUUGAAGAGCUCAACAACAAGCUUAACUCGGUCACCGAUCCAACGGGCUUCCUACGCAUGGUGUCCAGAAACAAUCUGUUCAACAGGAGCUGCCAGAGUAUGACCAGUCUGUUCAGCAACACCAUGUCACCGGCCAAAGACGGCAACUCCUCGCUGCCCCGCCGCUCCAGCAGCCUCAGCAAGCCUCCUCUCCGGGCACUUUACGACUUGCUGAUUGCGCCUAUGGAGGGGGGCCUGAUGCACUCCAGCGGGCCUGUUGGCAGACACAGGCAACUGGUGAUGGUGCUGGAGGGAGAACUGUACCUCAUUCCCUUUGCCCUGCUCAAAGGCAGCUCUUCAAAUGAAUAUCUGUACGAGCGCUUUAGCCUUAUCGCCGUCCCCUCAAUCCACGGCCUGGGAUCUAACGCAAAGGCCCACUCCCGCCGCCUGGGACCCGCUCCCUGUGGCGGCGUCUCCAUGGCGGCCGUGGUGGGGAACCCCCGGCUGCCUUCGCCCGUGAUGGACCGCUGGCUGUGGGGGCCCAUGCCCUCUGCAGAGGAGGAGGCCCUAAUGGUGGCCGAGCUGCUAGGGUGCCAGCCCCUGGCCGGCACCUCGGCCACCAAGGAGAGGGUGAUGAGCGCCCUCACACAGGCCGAGUGCGCCCACUUCGCCACUCACAUUUCCUGGAAACUGGCAGCUCUGGUGCUCACCCCGAACCCCGAGGGCGGGCCCGGCGGGGCGGGCGCCAGCGUGGGAACGGUGGGCAGGGGCGCCGGCGGGAGGAGGGGCAGCGGCGGCCGUGGCAGGAAGGGCUCCAUUGGCAGCGGCUACACCGUCCCGGAGUCCCUGCACAUGCAAGAUGACGGCAGCGAUGUGGAGAGCAUCUGCGACAGCCCACCCCUGCAGGAAUUCCUUCUCACGGCCGCAGACAUACUGGACCUGAGGUUGCCGGUCAAGCUGGUGGUGCUAGGAUCGUACCAGGAGUCCAGCAGCAAGGUUACGGCGGACGGUGUUGUGGGCUUGACCAGGGCCUUCCUGGCUGCUGGAGCCCAGUGCGUCCUUGUGUCCCUGUGGCCCGUGCCUGUGGCGGCCUCCAAGGUUUUCGUCCACGCCUUCUACACCGCCCUGCUCAACGGGACCAAGGCUAGCGCGGCCCUGGCCGACGCCAUGAAGACCGUGCAGAGCAGCAAGCAGUACUCGCACCCGUCCAACUGGGCAGGCUACAUGCUGAUCGGCAACGACGUGAAACUGAACAGCCCGUCUUCCCUCAUCGGCCAAGCUUUGGCAGAGAUUCUCCAGUAUCCCGACCGGGCGCGUGACGCGUUGAGGGUUUUACUUCACCUGGUGGAAAAGUCUCUUCAGAGGAUACAGAACGGCCAGCGUAAUUCCAUGUACACGUCCCAGCAGAGCGUGGAGAACAAGGUGGGCGGCGUCCCUGGCUGGCAGGCCCUCCUCACGGCGGUGGGCUUCCGCCUCGACUCUGCCGGCACCGGCAUCCCCGCCGCUGUCUUUUUCCCCACCGCCGACCCUGGGGACAGGCUGCAGCAGUGCAGCACCACUUUACAAUCACUACUAGGUCUUCCGCCACCGGCUCUCCAGGCGUUGUGCAAACUCAUCACCGCUUCCGAGGCUGGAGAGCAGCUCAUCAACCGGGCUGUUAAAAAUAUGGUGGCAAUGCUCCACCAGGUGCUAGUUCAACUUCAGACCGGAGAGAAAGAGCAGGAUUUCUCCCUCCUCCCCAUUCAGGUGUCCAUCAGUGUGCAGCUAUGGAGACUUCCAGGAUGCCAUGAAUUUCUGGCUGCUCUUGGUUUUGACUUAUGCGAGGUAGGCCAAGAAGAAGUGGUUCUGAAGACGGGCAAGCUAGCCAACCGCCGCACCUUGCACUUUGCUCUCCAGUCGUUGCUGGCUCUGUUCGACUCAACGGAGCUGCCCAAGCGUCUGAGCCUGGAUAGCUCCUCGUCCCUCGAGUCUCUAGCUUCAGCCCAGUCCGUGUCCAACCCUCUGCCCAUGGCGUACUCAACCCUUCCCUUCUCUCAUCACUGCCUGGACAAUCAGGCAUCAGACGCCAUCUCUGUCUACAGCCUCAGCUCUGUAGCCUCCUCCAUGAGCUUUGCUUCCAAGUCCGACUGUGACUUCCUUGGUCAUCGGCAGCGCGGCGGGGCCACCGCGCAUUACUCUGUCCACAAACACCCUCACGUCCCGCGCAGCAGGUCGUCUCCGCACGGGGCCGCCGCUGCCGCGGCGGGGGCCCGAGGGGACGAGGAGGAAUAUGAGGGGUUUUCUAUCAUCAGCAGUGAGCCUCUGGGAAGUCACUGUGACUCUCUGCCUCUGCCGCCGGGCCAUGGCCAGCGGCAUCACCGCGGGGGCAGGGGAGUUGUUGGCGGGUCCGGCGCCGGAGCAGGAAGAGGCUACAGUGUAUCGGUAUCGUCCAGGGGCAGUGUCAGCACCCCCACGUCUCCAGUCAAAACAUGCCUCGUGCCCAGCCCAAACUCCCCGUUCCAGAAGGUGGGUAAGGUGAGCAGCUCAGACACGGGAGAAUCGGACCAGUCCAGUACCGAGACGGACAGCACUGUCAAGUCUCAGGAAGAAAAAACCGUCCCCCUGGACCCCCAGGAGCUGGCGCAGAAGAUUCUGGAGGAGACCCAGAGCCACCUACGAGCCGUAGGCAGCCUUCAGCGGGCCGGGGCGGAGGGUGGAACAGCCGCGAGCGCGUCGGCCAAGAGCAGCGCCUUCCGCUCCUCCGAGACCAGCGCGUUCAGUCGUCCCGACAGCAGCGCUGGUGGCCGAGCUCAGUCUUCCCCGCGACCGAAGCCUCCCUCGCGUUCCUCUUCGCUUCAAAAGAUAAGCUCUGGCUACAACAGCCCCGCAGCGUCUGAGUCUUCGCAAAAGGAGGGCAGCCAUCCCUCACCUUCCCUGGACAGCCACGCACAGUUCAAGUUAAAGUACCCAAGCUCCCCAUACAGCGGACAUAUCUCUCGCUCCCCAAGCAAUGUAUCGCCCAGUUCUGGUCACCAGUCCCCGGCUGGUAGUGCUCCAUCCCCCGCGCUGUCCUACUCCUCCACAGGCUCUGCCUGCUCCACAUCCGCUGAUGUCCCAGACUUGGACCGACUAAGAAGAGGCGUUAUUGAUGAAAAGGUCCAAGCUAUUCACAAUCUGAAGACCUUCUGGGCCAAUGCUGCAGCCCAGCAGCAGCAUCUAGGUCCCGUCAAAGCCGUCCACAGCACAUCCGGACCUCUCGCAUCCGCAAGCAGGGAUGUACUGAGCCUUCUGAACCUCUCCCCACGCCACUGCUCCCCUAACGAUACCCAAGACAGCCUGGAACUGCGGGAGCUGGGACUGCACUCACUGGAUCGGGGCAGUAAGAACUCUUCCAAUGGACACCACUGCUCCAACCCCAGAAAAGCAGCCCCAUCACCCACUAUUUCCACAAGCAGCAGCCCUGGUGCUCGUUCUAUCCGACUGCCUGCCGGCAACGGAUAUAAGUUCUUGUCUCCUGGAAGAUUUUUCCCUUCCUCUAAAUGCUGAGACAUUUAAAAUGGUCCUAUACUUUUAUCAUUUACUAUCCUAUGUGCUGGAGGAGUGGGGCACUUUUUGAGGACCACCAAGUUUGACUGACAGCGAGAAGGAUUGAACUGGUCAGUGAAUGUGAUCCUGCUGGGACACAUGAAUGCGUUUGAGAGGUGUCGUCUUUGUGCCCAUAACACUGUUAAUGGCAAUGAGAAAUACUCAACGACCUGAUACUGUGUUUGUGUGUAACUGUGUGUCAGGUAGAUGUAAAUACCAUUUGGUAUUUUUCUUCAAAACUUGCUGUUUGUGUGGGCCAAGAUGCAACAGCUAUGACUGAUUUCCUCCAUUUCAAUUAUUUUUUUGGUUUUUAAAUUGAAUGGUUAUUGUUAUUAUUGUUUGUGUUUGUUAUUAAUAUUAUAAUAAUUAUUAUUAUGUUUUGUAAAUUAAUUCCAGUGUUUCACAAUCAGUAUUAAGCAUUUUAUAUGAUUACAACGUGAACAAACCUGUACCAUGUAAAAAUGGAUAGAGUGGAAAAAAGAUUUAAUAUUUUUUAUUGAAAUCAAAGGGCAUUUUUUGCCUGAUUUCUUUGUGAACUGAGUGUCUGCUCUGAAGCAUGGGUUCUCUUGCUAUUCAAUGUUAAGUACCAUGUAUGACUUUUUGGUCCAUCAUUUUUUGAGAUUAAAAAUUUCAUGACAACCAUCUGUCAUUUAUCAGUAAAGCGUUUCAAUAAAAAGCAUCACGUUUG